UGCUCCGCGUCACCAUGGCUACAGGCGCCGCCGCUCGGGGCUCGGCCUGCAGCGUCCCGUUCCCAUGGCAACCCCAUUGUUUCCCGAGCCAGAGCCCUGGCGGCGGCGGGAAAGGCAGACCUCGCCGAGCGCCUCGCUUCCGCAAGACACCCUUGCGGCGCCCUGCACGAGGUCCGCCGAGGCCAAGGCGCUGACGCCGCCCGAGGAAGCCGAGCUGCCGGCCGAGGGAGCCGGGGAGGCUAUUCCGGGGCGUGGCUUCUCUGCCCGCGGCCAGGAAGAAGAUGCAAGCCAGCCCCAUCCGCAUCCCAACUGUCAGCAAUGACACCGACUGGGACUUCUGCUUCCAUCUCUCACAGCAAACCAGGAUCCUAGCACACCAGCAGACGGAUGAGUUGUAUCCGGCGACUGGGUCUGGAGAGAGUGAAGAAGACACUAAAGCCAAGGAGGAGAAGACCACAGACUGCAUGUCUCUUCCCAAAGAGAAACUGGCCCAGUCGCAGAAGAAAAUCGCUCAGCUGAUUAAAGGAAAAAUGAAUACCCAAGCAAACAAGGAGCUGAUUCGCUGCGCUAUCCUUUCUCGGAUUAUUUUUGGGGAAGAACACUGGAAAUGUGCACAGGCUUUGGCCUGCCUGGCUUAUGGCUAUCUGACACUGAGAGGCCUCCCAGCUCAGGCCAAGAAACAUGCUGAGUCUGCCAAGAACACACUGCUGACCUGGAAGGGAAAAACGACCUCAGACAAGGAAAGAAAGGAAAUCCUGGAAGCUCUGGUCAUGCUCUACUACACCCUGGGGGUGGCCUGGCUCCUGCAGAACCAUGGCAGAGAGGCCUAUUUCAACCUGCAGAAGGCAGAGAGAAACAUGAUGGAGCUGAAAGAAUUAUAUCGGAGAGGCGUUUGUGGAUUACAAGUCUCAGAGAAAGACCUAACAAUUGCUUUGGGCAGAGCUUCCUUGGCCAUCCAUAGGUUGAACCUAGCUCUGGCAUACUUUGAAAAGGCAAUUGGCAACGUUAUUGCUGCUAAGGGGGAUAGGACGUUGGAUCUGGUCAGUCUGUACCAGGAAAUUGCUCAGAUGGAGCAGCUGCGGAGGAACCACGACCAGGCCAUCCAGUACUUGCAACAGGCCCAUUCUAUCUGUGUUUCUUUGUUCACUGAAGUCAGCCCCCAAACCGCAGAGGCGAGCGCAUUACUAGCCAAGGCUUAUGCCAUGUCUGGAGAGAUCCAACACAGGGAUGCUGUUGAAAUAUAUUUUAUAAAAAGUAUCAGUGCAUAUCAAACAACAUUGGGCCCAGAGGAUUGUGAAACACUGACGACAAUUGAAGAAUUUUGCAAAUGGCUUGUCCAAAAUGGGGAAAAACGGGAAGCUUACAGACUCCUAAAGGCUUCAUUGAAGUCUCAGGUCAUCAGCUAUGGUGACUGUAGUGAAAGAAUGGCUGAAACUUUUUAUAAUAUGGGCAGGAUCUGCUUUGCCAAAGGAGAGCUCAGAAAGGCAAUUCAGCUGCUAAGGAAGUGUCUGAUGAUUCAAAUCCUUUUAUAUGGAAGUGAGCAUAGUAAAAGCAGAGACACAAAAAACCUCCUUACUCUAUUGCAGAGGGAUUCUGACUUGGAUGAAUUUGAGAAUAUAUUUGGACACACCCGGUCAGCAGGUAAGUCUCCAGAGCACCAUUUUACAUAUGGGGAAACUGAGGACUGACAUGUUCAAGUGAAUUUACCCAGGAAGACGCAGAGCUGGGAUUUGAACCGAGGUCUGACUCCAGAAUGUGCUCUUUGUAGGCAGUGCAGCUUACAGUCUGAAGGCACACUGUCU